GCUGUACGUGAAAGACGCUUCCAAGAUGCGCAUUCGACUAGUUCUUGUACUCGCGCACAUUCAGUUCAUUUUAAUAGGCAUAUAUGCCCAUCCAUAUAGAUUGACCCUCUACAGGACCAAGACCCCCUCCUACGUGAUGCGCGGAUCAAUGGACACGCCAGUCAAGCCAGUGGACUAUUGUCAAAAAGGACUCUGCCCGAAAGGAGAACGUCACAUUUGCUGUAAAAACGAGUUUUGGGGCGACAACUGUCCCAAACCGCGCGAGGGCGUCAACAUGGAAAGGUACCGGACUACCAUUCUGGACCAUCAUAAUAAUCUACGGAAUCGUAUGCACAUGAAAAUGAAUCAUUUGCCAUCAGCGAUAAAACUUCGCCAUCUUCGGUGGGACGAAGAACUCUCCGUAGUGGCCAUGCGGGUUACAAAUUAUUGCAACAAUAUUACGGGCAGUAAUUGUGUGAAUAUUCCACGUUUCUUGAACGUGGCUCAAAGCUCCUACACCAAUCGGUACGUGAAUAGAAACAUACCAAAUUUGCUGUCUAUGAUAUUAGUUAACUUUUGGUCAGAUAGAUAUUAUACAUUUAACGCUUCUUAUGUACACUCAUUCCCGGAAAAUGCCUCGAAAGAAGAUCAGAUAUUUGCCAAUAUGAUAAAUCAGAGGGUUGAUAAAUUGGGUUGCGGCAUGUUACUUCAUGCCGACGUUGGCAAUAACAUAUUUCAUUUCACCUGUUUGUAUAAUGAAAAAAUCAAGCCUGGACAACAAUUGUAUGAAAUAAAGCCAUAACAAUCUA